AUGUCUGACCUUAAACCAAUAACAAGUGCCGAAAGUGUGCUUGCAAAUGUUAUUUCUAACAAUGCCAAUGCAUUGAACAAUUUCCCAAACUCUGCCAAUCUUGAUGAAUUGGACGAAUUCUAUGAUGUUCCAUUAGAGGAAUUCUUGUAUCAUGCUCAAUUACAAAGAGAGCUAGAAAAAUCACCAGAUUAUGGUGAAGCAGCUCCUACUGUCCCAUUGUGGGAGGUCAUCAGAGUCAAGCUUUUGAACAAAGAACCAAGAAAUAAUGAACAGGUCAAGACUGUUACCGAAAAAGUUUCAUCAAGUGACUGCGAUGAGAAGGGUUUGCCUGUAUGUGAAAUAAAUGACACAUUAAUUACAGAGAAGGAAAACGCAAAUAGAAUGCUGAGAGUUGCCUCUUGGGGUUCUGUGUUUUACUUGAUCACAACCGAUAUCUUGGGUCCUACCUCUGCUCCUUAUGCCAUUUCAGAGUUGGGUUACGUUCCUGGUGCCUUGCUUUACUUCCUCUUUGGUGUCUGUGCUGCAUACUGUGGUGCUUUAUUGUGGAAACAAUACUUGAUGCUAGACUCCAUCAAGUAUCCUUUGAGAAAUUACGGUGAUGUUGUUGGUAGGAUCUUCAACAAGCAAACCAGGUAUGCAAUUGACUUCUUCCAAGCGGUUCAAUUGUUCUGUAAUGUUGCAGUUAUUAUCUUGGGUAACGGUCAAGGUUUGUCACAAAUUGCCAAGGGCAAGGGAUGCUAUACCAUCUUGAUUUUCGUGUGGGCAGUGGCUGGUGCCAUUGUUGGUCAGAUCAGAUCUCUAGCUAAGUUUGGUUUUCUUGCUAAUGCUGCAAUUUGGAUGAACGUCUUUGUCAUCAUUGCCACCAUGGCGUGUGCAAGUGCGUUCCCUCCAAACUAUACUGCUGCUGCAGGUACCAACAAUGUUUCCAUGGGUGCGGUUGUUACUAAGGUUGUGAUUAGCGGUGCAGGUGAUAUGUUUCAAAGUCAAUUGAACGCUUGUAUGAAUAUUGUCUACUCCUAUGGUGGUGCAUUGGUGUUCGUUGAAUUCAUGGCUGAAAUGAAACGUCCAUGGGACUUCUGGAAAGGUAUGGCAGCAGCACAGAUGUUUAUCUUCACUGUUUACUUGGUGUUUGCCAUGGUCGUUUACCACUACCAGGGUCAAUUUGUCAUUAACCCAGCCAACCAAGGUAUCUCCAACUACGGCUGGCAAACUGCCACCAAUGUGAUCAACUUGGUUUCUGCAUUGAUUGCAGCUGGUUUGUAUGGUAACGUUGGUAUCAAAGUCCUAUACUCCUCUGUUUUCCAAAGAUUCUUCAAGUUCCCAUCGCUAGACUCCAGGUUUGGUGUAUGGAUCUGGGCUGGGUUUGUCUGUGUGUACUGGGCCAUUGCAUUCGUGUUUGCAGCAGCUAUUCCAAACUUCUCGUCACUUGUUUCUUUGAUCGGUGCAGUUUGUAUCUUGCAGUUCUCAUACACGUUUCCAUUUAUUAUGCAAUUUGUCUUCGACUUGCAGCUAGGUGCUAUGCAGGGGGAUGGCGAAUAUGACCACGUGAACAAGGUUACCCAUAGAGUGGACUCGUGGAGAAACUUUUCCAGAUGGUGGAGGGGUUACAAGGCUUUCUGGUUCAGAAACACAUGCCAUCUUAUCCUUUUCUUAGCUUCCGCUGCAACUGCAGGUUUAGGUAUUUAUGCAUCGGCGAUGUCCUUGAAGGAGGCUUUUGAUAGCGGUUCCACUACAUCUUUUACAUGUAAAUCUCCUGUGGCUUGA